UCUUCAUUGGAAGUCAUCUACGAUAUGCAAAGGCUCACAGAGGGCAGCAUAGAAUAUUCUGAUCAUGUUGUUGUUGGUAGCAAGCUGAAGGAAUUACACCUUAGCAAUUUACGAAAAUUAGAGCACGUCUGGAGUAUUGCAGAUUCAGGAAGGAUUCUCAGCUUCCAUGACCUGGACUCGGUUGAAGUUAAGAAAUGCGGGAGUCUCAAGUAUCUCUUCCCUCCCUCUGUGGCGAAGGUUCUUUACAGCCUCAGCAAGUUGGUGAUAGAGGAUAAUAGACGGCUAGAGGAUAUAGUCACAGCAACUGUUAAUGAGGAAGUGGAAACAGCAGCAGAUACUUUGGAAUUUGUAUUUCCUCGAGCUACACAUCUGAGGCUUUGUGGACUCCCGGGACUCAAGAGUUUCUACCAAAGGCGGCAUAUCUCCAAAUGGCCCUCGCUGGAAAAAUUGCAGAUCAAUCACUGUGACAGCAUCCAGAACUUGUUCUCUGAAAUCGACUUGUUCCAAGAUGCACCUGGUAACGGUGUUGGUUCUCCUAAUUCUCAACAAACAGGCCUCUUCUUGGUAGAUAAGGUUUCCUUCCUUUACUUGGAGAGCUUGGAGAUUUCAGAGAUGAACAGACUGGUGACCUUGUUCCCCUCUGGCACAGCGUGCUCGUUUCAAAACCUUGAGGUUCUGAAGAUAGGAACUUGCAGUGCAUUGGAAGUGGUGUAUGAAAUAGAGGAGAAUGCAGGUUCUGAUCUUUCUGUCACCAAACUGAAAAAGCUUUCUCUCACUGAUUUGGCGAAUUUGCAGCACAUAUGGAGAAGGGACCCGAGAGGGAUCCUCAGCUUUCAGAAUUUGAGCUCAGUCACAGUUAUGGGAUGCAGCAGCCUCGGGUAUCUCUUCCAUGCCUCUGUGGCAAAAGCCCUCGUCCAGCUUGUUGAGCUGGAGGUAAGAGAUUCAAGCCUCGAGGUAGUUGCUGCGGAAGAUAAAGGCGUGCCACCCGCUAGUGUCCUGGAAUUUGUUUUCCCUCGAGCUACCAAGCUGGAGCUCUCAGACCUGCCGCAGCUCAAAAGUUUCUACCCAGGCAAAUAUAUUUCUCGAUGGCCCUCGCUGAGAGAGUUGAUGAUCUCCAAGAGCAGCAAGGUUGAGAUAUUUGCUUUCGACUCGAAGAAAUCCCAAGCAGUAACCAGGAAUGGCAAUCAAGCUGAACAACCCCUGCUCUUGGUUGACAAGGGAACAUUUUCCAAUGUGGAAACCCUGCAUAUGCAACACAACGAUAACAUGAGACAGAUCAUAUGGAGUGGGCGACACCGUCCCAAUCUGACAUGCUUCUCAUCAGGGGUCCACUUCCACUUCGCGAACCUCACGACCUCUGAAAGUUGAGAAUUGUCACUCUUUGGAGAACAUACUUACCCCAAACAUGGUGUCGGAACUCCCUUGGCUUGGAACCCUUGAAAUUAGGGACUGCAGGAUGCUGGAGGCAGUGAUUGUAGGAGAGAAGAAAGCGAGAAGACGUAACAUCAGGCUUGAAAAGUUGAGAUAUAUAACUCUAGAGUCCUUGCCCAAGUUGGUUAGCUUCUUUCCACAUAGUUGCUUAUUUGAAUGUCCAUCUUUGAUGAACAUGACCAUAAAAAACUGUCCUGAAAUGAGGACAUUCCUCACUCUCCAUGCCCGAA